CAUUCAACAGCUCCGAUUCUUCCCACGGUCGUCUCUAAAACUGUACUGCAAUGCAGAAUAUGCAUUAGGUUUACCAAUAAAUAAAUACCGUGACCGAAAACGGCAGCUUCUCACGUUAGCUGGGCUCGAUUUUAUAGGGGUUCUGGUAUUGACAAAGACCGGGGUAAUCUGCAACCUCCAACGCAAUAAAAGCACAAACAUCUAUAAUGACACCUUAGGUGCCCUUCAUACUGGACCAUUUCAGCCUAACGUCAGAUUGAUUAGUAGGUCGAUAUGGGUCCAUAACGGAGGGUCGGGCGUUAUACAUACAUACCAUAUAAGCCAUACAGACCACGAGACAGUCACGAGCUGUCUCUCUCGAACUGAAGACGAGAACGUCUAACGUUCAACGAGAAGACAAGUUUGCCCCGCAACAUCUGGGAUCCAGAUACACAAUCCAUUUAGUAUCCAUACAUUGGCAAUUAUUACAGUCACUUGAUCUUGUUUUCCUCUCUCUCCUCUUCUUCUUCUUCUUUGGACGUCAUUCCCAACCCUGUCAAUUAUUCUCCCCGAUGCGCCGUCAAUAGGCGAGUGAUGGGUUCUCUUGAAACUUCCAAGGAUGAAUUGACCGUAUUGGUCACCGGCUUCGGGCCUUUCAAGGUGCAAUAUCCCGUGAAUCCGGCUUGGGAGAUCACCGCAUCCUUGCCGGAUUACCUGCCUCCCUACCGGGUAAGGGAAACCGCCCGUCAAACCACGCCAAGCUUGCCUCCGGUUAGGAUUUUAAAGGAGGGGCCGGUCCGCGUCAGCUAUGAAGUCGCCAGGGAGUUGGUUCCCACACUUUGGGACGACCCAAAACAGAAAAUCGAUUAUGUCAUCCAUAUAGGAAUGGCAGGCCCGCAACCGGUCUAUUCCAUCGAGAGGCGCGGGCAUCGCGAUGGAUACGACAAACCUGAUGUCGACGGCCAGCUUCUCGGGGAUGAGCAGAAGCGCAAACGGGAGGGCGACAAAUGGAUAUGGCACGAUAUCCCAUCAGAACUAUUGACUGACCUGGACAUCGAAAAUAUAUACAAAAGAUGGGUUGAUAGUAGCCCGGACAAUCUCAGGCUACAGCUUUCCGAGGAUGCUGGGCACUAUCUAUGCGACUUCAUCUACUUCUCAAGCUUAGCUCAUCUGUACAAGCAGCGGAGGCCUAGGAAGGUAAUAUUCUUUCACGUUCCCUUGAAUCCGGACGAAGAGUCUCUCAGACGCGGAAAAGAGCUUGCCUUGCAAUUAAUUAGGUCAGUGUGUGAGGUUGGGUUCACAAAGGGACCCGUCGCUUAGAGUAAUGUUCUCGGCGAGAAAAUACUAGCCUGUGAUAUAGGAUGUCAUAUAUUUGUGCCUGACAGCAGCAAUAUAUUUAUAUAUACCUACUUA